AAUUGAUAUGAUGGCUUCCAGAUGAAUAUGAACAGGAUAUAUAGCAUCACUUAAAAUAGCUCUAGGUCUCCAGUUUCAAAAAUCUAUCCUGAGAGCUGCAGCUUGGAUAAACACACAGUUCUGAAGACUGAUUCAUGCAUUCUCCUAUAGGAUGCUCCUUCCCAAUGACACCCAGUUUCACCCUUCCUCCUUCUUGUUGCUGGGAAUCCCAGGACUAGAGACUCUUCACAUUUGGAUUGGCUUUCCCUUCUGUGUUGUGUACAUGAUUGCUCUCUUAGGAAACUUCACCAUCUUGUUUGUUAUCAAAACUGAGAGCAGCCUCCACCAGCCCAUGUUCUACUUUCUGGCAAUGUUGGCUACCAUUGACUUGGGCCUCUCGACAGCAACCAUUCCUAAGAUGCUUGGGAUCUUCUGGAUUAAUCUCAGAGAGAUCACCUUUGAGGAUUGCCUUAUACAGAUGUUUUUCAUCCACAAAUUCACGCUUAUGGAGUCAGCAGUCCUCUUGGCAAUGGCUUAUGACCGCUAUGUGGCCAUCUGCAACCCACUUCGUUAUAGUAUCAUUCUCACCAACAAGGUUGUCUCUAUGAUUGGUCUUGCUGUGCUAGUGAGGGCAAUUAUCUUUGUUAUUCCAUUUAUAUUUCUGAUUUUGAGACUGCCUUUCUGUGGGCAUCGCAUAAUUCCUCACACCUACUGUGAACACAUGGGUCUUGCUCGUCUGUCUUGUGCCAGUGUCAAGGCCAAUAUCAUUUAUGGCUUAUGUGCCAUAUGUAAUUUACUGUUUGACAUAGUAGCUAUUGCCCUUUCUUACAUACAAAUACUACGUGUUGUGUUUCAUCUCCCUUCUCAGGAAGCCCGAAUCAAGUCCCUCAGCACUUGUGGUUCUCAUGUCUGUGUCAUUCUUGCCUUCUAUACACCGGCUCUCUUUUCUUUCAUGACACACCGCUUUGGUCGAAAUGUGCCUCGCUAUAUACAUAUACUUCUGGCCAACCUUUAUGUUGUAGUGCCGCCAAUGCUCAAUCCUGUCAUAUAUGGGGUGAGAACCAAGCAAAUCUAUGACCGUGUGAAAAAAAUGUUAUUGCAAAUACAAGGAAAGGAAAAAGAAUAGCAUAUAAUUGCAUGAGGCUCCAAAGGCUCCUCUCACAGUUCACUCAGAAAUAUGCCUUGCAGUAAAAGUCAUGUCACAAUAUGAAGCUGCACAAACAUUCUGCUCUAAGUAUUUAAAUAUGUGGCUUUUAAUGCUACUUCACAACACAUACAACUGGU